AAAAUACCAGCGAUCCCACAGCAGUGCCGAGCGAACCUUGAACAAAAUCCUUCAGCUGUCCAGCGGGCAACGAACGGCACGGCACGGUCGCCCCAGAGUAGCAGUAAAGUUAGCUCGUCUGUUUCGGAAGCCGCUUGCCACACACUUUGUGCAACAGGAUCGGAACAACACCAACGGUUGGCAGUGCACAGGCAAAUCAUUCAAGCUCUAUGUAAGCUUCCGGAACGAAGCAAGCAGGGAUUCCCCCAGUUGGUGGCCGUCGUCGUGUGUUGCAUUUUUCGUUCGCGCUUCCGCAAUGGACAAAGAACAGGAAGUUUUGCUCAAUGCGUUCGUGAUAGCCAAGAAGCGGUAUCGUGUGUUUUACAAUGCGGGCAUCCUCGUGUGGGAAGAUGAAUCGUCCAAGAAAGCUAAAACCACCGUACCGAUAACGGACGUACUGUCGGUGGCGGUAUCGAAACACCCGCACGCGAAUGGCAAACAAUGGAUGGGCAAACGCAGCAGCAAAGCACCACCACCACCAUCACCAACGGCGCCACCGAUCGCACGAAACGAUGCCCACGGCAGCCUGGACAGCGAUCGUAUUCCGGUGCUGUCCGGCUCGACCACAACCAACACGCUCGCGACGAACGCCAGCAACAACAUUCCGCACCAUCACAGCAACCGAGGUAGCCUGAAUGAAUUAUCCGACUCACAUGACGAUCGCCGGGAUACCAGCGACUACUUCGAUGGUGGGAUUCAGGCUGGCAAUUUUAAUUACCUUAUCCUUCACUACGCCGCGCUCGUCUGUGCAAAAACUAGCCGAUGGCGUGUGAAGUCCGUCGCGCUGCACAACAGCGAACAGCGCAUCGUGGAACUGUGGUACAAUCGGCUCUCGAGUGACCUUCGAGAUCAAAACCGGCCGAAAAAUUUGCUGCUCUUCCUAAACCCGUACGGGGGCAAAAAGAAUGCGCUGGCACUGUACGAGCGGUUCGCCAAACCGUUGUUCCGGUUGGCGCAGGUGGACAUUAAUCUCAUUAUAACGCAACGUGCCCAGCAGAUCUACGACAUCGUCACCUCGAAGAGCAUCGUGCUGGACAACUACGAUGGGCUGGUUUGCUGCGGUGGCGACGGUACGUUUGCCGAACUGUUCAACGGCUUGGUCACGCGCACGAUGAUGGAUUGCGGCAUCGAUGUGAAGCAUCCACCGUUCCUACCGAAACCAAACAUUCCAAUCGGCAUCAUUCCGGCGGGCAGUACCGAUACGGUGGCAUGCUGUCUGAACGGUACCACCGACAUAAAGACCUCGAUCAUACACAUCAUACUGGGGCAGCACAGUGGCCUUGACAUAUCCGCCGUCUACGGUGCGGAUGCAGUGGCGCAGGAUGACGAUGGUUCUCCGUCCCUGGGAGGCAAACCGCGGCGACCCGAGCUGUUGAAGCUGUUCGCGAGCGCCCUCUCGUACGGCUACCUGGGCGACAUUGCGUACGACAGUGAGAAGUAUCGGUGGAUGGGACCGAAGCGAUACGAUUAUUCCGGCUUUAAGAAAUUUCUCGCCAAUCGAGGCUACAGCGCAGAAAUUGUAGUGCAUCUCGAUCGGCGGGGAAAGCAAGACCCGAACGACGGUGUCCGCUGUCUGGAUCAGUGCAGCCGCUGCAAAAAGGCUCUCUGCAGUAGUCAGGUGGGCAGUGAAGCUGGUGCCGAGCCGGACGACACCGAACCGCUGGUGGUGCGGGGCAAGUUUCUUAUGGUAAGCGGUGCCAACAUUUCGUGCUCGUGCGAACGAAGCCCGCAAGGAUUUUCACCCUUCUGCCACCUGGGUGAUGGAUUGCUCGAUUUGGUGCUUGUGCGCCAUACGUCCAUGCUGAACAACCUUCGCCUGCUGCUGACAAUGACAUCGAAAACGAAGAAACUGAGUGAGCUACCGUUCGUGGAAGUUUAUCGUACGAAGGAGUUCCGGUUCACGGCGAACGGGCAGCAGCAGCAGCAGGGUGAUACGAAUGGAGGUGAAGUGGCACCGGCACUAUCCUCGGAAAUGCUGAAACGGCGCUCGAAAUGGAACUGUGAUGGAGAAGUGUUGCUCGAUACGAACAUUAUUGUUGAAUCCAAUUGCCAGUUAAUACGAGUGUUUCGCCGUGGAAUUCUACCUAGUGGCGGUCACGGUGGAAAUACGCUGGAUACGGACGAUAAGGAUGCCUGCUGUUUCGGUCUGUGCAACUAAUGCCCGGGGCCUGGGUGUAUCUUUGGUGGGUAGUAUUAAUCAAACGUUUGAUUUUAAGCUUUAGACGACCAACCUCCAAGUAUUCAAUUUAGGAGAUUCAAAUUUUCCCCCUUGUGUCUUUUAUACGAUGGUGGCGAAAUUGUUUUCUGUCCCCGUCACACGCUAUCUUAGUUCCUUUUUGUUUUAUUCUUCUGAAGCUGUAUCGUAAACGAUAAACUGUGAUCAUAUCUUUAUUAUUAAUCUUAUUGUCCUAUUAUCCUGCUGCUGGGGUGCAUACUAACACUGCUAGAAGGGAGCUAGUGGAGUGGAAACCGACAACUAUUUUGUAUGGGUUGGGUUAGAUUAGACGACGACGUCCUCAUUGCUGUUUUAAACGUUAAACAUCUUGCCGAGAUUCUUAUGUUUGUAAGAAACGCGUAAGCAAUUUUCUAGGGUUUGUGCAACGGACAAUAUCAUUAUGCGAGUAGCCGUAGUGGUGCUGAGUGGUCGACUAGCGAGUAAGAAUCAUCAUCAUACCGAGGACUUGACGAACCCUUGCAUUUGCUCAAUCGGAAAACGGUGUUGAAGACUUAUUUGUUCGCCUCAUUUGGACAACAGUCACUGGCACGGGUCACGGUCACACUGGCUGGACAGGGCUGUUGGCGAGCUCAAACAAACUUGAUGGUGGUAUACGAUGCUAGGGCAAACGAAAUCGUGGAUGCUGAACGCAAACACGAAACAACAGAACGGAACCAUUUGCUUAAUGAUUUUCACAUAAUCAUAACAUAAUCUACGGUUCCAUCGGGCAUGGCAAUAGGUCAGGGUUCUUUGUAGUAAUGUGCAUUAAUCCGAUCCGACUGUAGAAAAGCAAUAUUGGGUGGUGUUAUAGAGCAGUAUUGAGAUUCGUUGUGUACCUUGGCCACGGCAACAACCCUCGAAGCAUUCCAACGUCCAUCAAAAAGCCUUAAUUUCCCCUGCUACCUUCCAACCAGGAACGAACAAGCAAUAGAAAGCAAUAAUGUUAAAUCAAUUAAUCGCAAAACCCUACCCCAAUUCAAAUCUAGAUAGAAAUUGGGGCGAAAAACUAUUCUAUGCAGUAAUAUCGAUAAAGCAGCAAAAUAUUGUGAUUUAUUUCGAUUCUGAUGGGCAUGAUAUGACCACAAAAACGCACCGGAACAGAAUCAGACAAAGACUUGAACGCUCAUUCCUAUAUCGCAGUUGGGAGGGGCGGGCGCACAGUGCUGCCUUAGAGAGUGGGAAAACUUUAAAUUUAAAUGUAAACUCGGUGUACAUUCUUUACUAAACUGUUGUGAACAAAAGAAAAAAGGGAUUGAGGGGACCUAGGAACUGUUAUGCUCAACAUGCUAAUAAAGCCAAUUUUCCUAACUAGGUGUGUUUUCUGGGUGCAUUUACAAGUACAAGAAGGUGCUUGUGUUUUGCUUUAA